AUGUUCGGUCAACCAUCCCUUGAGCUGCAGCUUGAUGGUGCUGUGUACGCCAUGCUGAACAAGGAAAUAGCAGAGAAAACCCGUGAACUGAGGCAAAUGAGGGGAGAAGACCUGCAAGGAUUGAACAUAGAAGAAUUACAGAAAUUAGAAAAAUUAAUCCAAGGAAGCUUGUGUCGCGUCUUGGAAGAAAAGGAGGAUAAAAUUGUAAAUGAGAUGGAAGCUCUCAAGAGAAAGGUGACAUUCCUGACCACGUACAUGUUCAGGCUCUUCAUGCAAAAAUUCGUGAUGAAUUUAUCAGCAGGAAAAGGACAAUUGCUUGAACGAGGCCAGUCAUCAGAUUCCCUGGUGACCAAUAUCAGCAGCAUGAGCUCAGCUGAUCUUCGUCAGGACUCCGACAGCUCUUGUGCUUUUCUUACAUUGGGGUUGGCUUGUUACUCUCAUUUCCAGGCAAAUGGUUUCUAUGAAUUUCAUUCAGUUUGCUUGUGGCUAUGCACUCAUUCGAACGCAUUAUAA